AUGAAUCCUAAAGUUAAAUUAGGUCUUAUAAUUAGUGCUGGUUUAUUACUUGUACUUAUACUAAUUGGUUUAAUAGUUUUAUUAAUAAAAUUUAUUAUGAAACGUUGUCGUAAAAAAGCUUGGGAUGAUAUAAAUACAUUACCAAAACAAUUAGAUUCAUCAGAUAAUAAUAUAAAUCAACGUAAAUUACCUAAACGUACAUCAUCAGAACGUCAAUUAUUAUAUCAAUCAUCAACAAAUAAUGCUACGGAUAUAUCUGAUGGUCAUAUAUCUAUUCCAAUUAAUGAGAAUGAUACAUCACAUAAUUAUGGUCAAUAUGAAAGUACAAAAGAACAUGAACAUACAAUUGUAGACAUUCAACGUGAUCGUUUAAAUCAUAUUAAAGAAGAAGAAAAACGUAUUAGACCUAUGAUACAAAUAAGUGAUGGUGAAGAUAUUAUACAACGUACUAUUGAUCAAGUACAAAAAGAAUUUGAUGAAUCGAUAUGA